AUGGCGGACAGUAUGCAGAUCGACUCGCCCGUGAUUGACGAGAGCUUGUACUCCAGGCAGCUCUACGUGUUGGGCAAAGAGGCCAUGCUCAAAAUGCAAAACGCCAACGUGCUUGUCAUUGGGCUCAAGGGCCUUGGCGUGGAGGUGGCGAAAAACGUGGCGUUGGCCGGCGUCAAGUCCUUGGCUUUGUACGACCCGCUGCGCGUGGAAACGCGCGACUUGUCGUCGCAAUUCUUUUUAUCGGAGGCCGAUAUCGGCAAGCCCACAGCCGCCGCGUGUGCGGAGAAGUUGCUGGAGUUGAACCUGUACGUGCCGGUGCUGGUGGUGGACGACAUUGCCGAGGCCACUUUGCGCCGUUUCAAGUGCGUGGUGGCCACCAACCUCGCGUUGGAGACGCAGGUGCAGAUCAACCAGUUCACCCACGCCAACGACAUUGGGUUUGUGGCCGCAGACGCGCGCGGGCUUUUUGCCAGCUUGUUUGUGGACUUGGGCGACGCGUUCCCUGUGCUUGACCCGACCGGCGAGGAGCCGUUGACCGGGAUCGUGUCGGACAUCGACUCCGAGGGCGUCGUCACCAUGUUGGACGACAGCAGACACGGCUUGCAGGACGGCGACUACGUGCAGUUCGCCGAGGUCCAGGGCAUGCCCAAGUUGAACGGCGGCAGUCCCCACCGCCUCGAGGUUUUGGGCCCCUACGCGUUCAAAAUCGCCAUCGACGCGUCCUACGGCUCGUAUGUAAAGGGCGGGCUUUACAAACAGGUGAAAAUGCCCGUGAAACUUGCGUUCCAGCCCCUCGCGGCGCAGUUGCGCGAGCCGGAGUUCCUCUACUCGGACUUCGCCAAGUUCGACCGCCCGCCACAGCUCCACGUGGGCUUCCAGGCACUCCAUGCUUUCAGGACGCGCCACCAGGGCCUGCUCCCCCGCCCCCACAACGCCGAAGACGCCGCUGAGAUUGUGCGCUAUGCCGAGGAAAUCGCUGCGCAGAACCCUGCCGUUUUGGGUGGCGCCGACCUCGACACCAAGCUCCUCACGGAAUUGGCGUCCCAGGCCACAGGCGACAUUCCUGGAAUGGCGGCCUUCUUGGGCGGCUUGGUGGCCCAGGAAGUCUUGAAGUGCUGCUCGUCCAAAUUCAGCCCGGUCAAGCAGUUCAUGUACUUUGACUCGUUGGAGUCCUUGCCCUCGGCCGAAAAGUACCCAAGAACCGCAGAAAACACGCAGCCAACGGGCUCCCGCUACGACGGACAAAUCGCUGUGUUCGGCGCGGAGUACCAGAAGGCCAUCGCCAACUUGAAGGUGUUUCUUGUGGGCUCGGGCGCCAUUGGCUGUGAAAUGCUCAAGAACUGGGCCUUGAUGGGCUUGGGCUCUGGGCCCGAGGGCGGUAUCAUUGUCACUGAUAACGACUCCAUCGAGAAGUCCAACUUGAACAGGCAAUUCUUGUUCCGGCCCAAGGACGUGGGCGGCAACAAGUCUGAAAUCGCUGCCAAGGCCGUACAGGCAAUGAACCCAGACUUGACUGGUAAGAUUCAUCCCAAGUUGGACAAGGUCGGGCCUGAAACUGAAGAUAUCUUUGGCGACGCGUUCUGGGAGCCCUUGGACUUCGUCACCAAUGCCUUGGACAAUGUGGACGCCAGAACUUACGUUGAUCGUCGUUGUGUCUUCUACAAAAAGGCCUUGCUCGAGUCGGGCACUUUGGGCACGAAGGGCAACACUCAAGUCGUGGUUCCCAACUUGACUGAGUCGUACUCCUCGUCGCAGGACCCUCCCGAGAAGUCCAUCCCAUUAUGUACUUUGAGAUCCUUCCCCAACAAGAUCGACCACACAAUUGCCUGGGCGAAGUCUUUGUUCCAGGGUUACUUCGCUGACUCGCCAGAGACCGUCAACUUGUACUUGAGUCAGCCCAACUAUGUGGAGCAGACCUUGAAACAGAACCCAGACAUCAAAGGCACCUUGGCUAAUAUCUCAGACCUUUUGAACAACAGGCCAUACUCUUUUGCAGACUGCAUCAGAUGGGCUAGAAAAGAGUUUGAGACCAAAUUCAACCACGACAUUAAGCAACUCUUGUACAACUUCCCUGAGGACGCUAAAACGUCCAACGGCGCUCCAUUCUGGUCUGGACCAAAGAGAGCACCUAAAGUCUUGGAGUUUGAUGUCAACAAUCCCGACCACUUUAAUUAUGUUGUCGGAGGUGCUCAUUUGUUGGCCUUCAUCUAUGGUUUAAAGGACCAGAACGUGUCGACCGAAGAGUAUAAGAAGGUAUUGGAUGAGUAUGUUCCCGAACCAUUUGUGCCCAAGACUGGCGUAAAGAUUGCCGCCAGUGAUGCCGAGGCUGAAGAAGAAGCGAAGAAACUCUCCGGUGGAUUUGACGAGAGCGAGAUCCAAAAGAUCGUUGCCACCAUGCCUGAGCCAUCUACGUUGGCGGGAUACAGAUUGACGCCAAUCGAGUUCGAGAAGGACGAUGACUCUAACCACCACAUCGAGUUCAUCACUGCUGCGUCUAACUGUAGAGCGUUGAACUACAGUAUCGAGACUGCAGACGCAUCGAAGACCAAGUUCAUUGCAGGUAAGAUCAUUCCAGCAAUUGCAACCACUACGGCAUUGGUGACUGGGUUGGUGUGUCUUGAAUUGUACAAGGUUGUCGCUCAACACGAUGAUGUGGAGCUUUACAAGAAUGGCUUUGUCAACUUAGCCCUCCCGUUCUUUGGCUUCUCUGAACCAGUGAAAUCCGCCAAGGGCAAGUACAACGACAAAACGUUCGACCAAAUCUGGGACAGAUUUGAGGUACACGGCGAUGUCAAGUUGAAGGAUUUGCUUGAGCAGUUUGAGAAGAACGAGGGCUUGGAGAUCUCGAUGUUGUCGCAUGGCGUGACGUUGUUGUACGCGUCAUUUUUCCCACCAAAGAAGGUCAAGGAGAGAUUAGAGAUGAGGAUCACCGAAUUGAUUGAGAGCGUCAGCAAAAAGCCGGUGCCUGCGCAUAUGAAGAACUUGAUCCUUGAGAUCUGCUGUGACGACAAGUCGGGCGAGGACGUCGAAGUGCCCUACAUCAACGUCAAGAUAUAA